UGAAAGAGCUGUCUCUUCCAGCGCGGUUGCCUCCGGUGCUGUGGCCGCAGUGAGUCAGAGGCGUGGCGGACGGGUUACAGGGCACCCACCCAGCUGCCCUCGAGCGGACGGGGAGAGCCCUUCCCGGGAAGAGAGCGGAGCAGGCUGUGCGGAGGCUUCGGGUGGGUUCUUGCUGGUCCCCGCGGGGUCCGUCUGCGCGUCCCCCGUUCCGGUCUCGGGAUUCCGGCCCUGCGUGGUCCUCCGGAUCGUAGAGCACGGGCUGGCGCUGCCCGAGGGCAGUUCGUGGUGCGGGAGGGUGUUUGAUCCCGAGGGAACGCGCUCGGUCAGGCUAGCGCUGCAGCUUGCGAAUCGAGGGGCCGUCCGUGCUCCCCGCGGACCCUUGCCUGCAGAACCCGGCACCGGUUGUCGGACUCAAACUUUCUGAGGAAGCUACCAGCUCCGUUUUUAUGUGCGAUCUCCGGACUUUUAAAUAUUGACGGGUAGAUUUUUUUCCUUAAUGCAAGCCACGGAAAACGUGUCUUCUGGAAUGGGCUGGCGAGCCACUCCUGUCCAUCUCUGCGCGGCACAGGAGUAAAGGGUGAUGUCGCUGCUGUUCCUGUUCCUUCUUGUGGUCUGCUUGAGUGAUCUGAGUCUCGCGGCACACUGUCAGUCUCGUUAUGCUGAAGAGGAAUUACGUAUUCGAGGAUAUUCACCUAGCUUAGAAGAAACUAUGUUUCAUGAAAUGUAGACUGCGUCAGUUUUCCUCCGAGUGCAAGAAAAAGGCUUCAGGGACAUUAUCUGAGAGGUAGGAGAUAAAUUGUUAUUCUCCAACUGUGGCUUGAGGACCACCUGCAUCCAAGUUACCUGCUGAGAUUAAAAUUCAGAACUCCCCACCUCACUCCCUAAUUAAGUGAAUCGCAGCCACCAGGAGUGGAGUUAAGAGCCUGCGAACUGCUGAAAUUUGACUGAAAUUUGACAACCGUUGCACUAGAGCAUCAGCUUCAAUACAGUAUCAACAGGUUAACUUGGCACAAUGGGAAUACACGGGUUAUUGCAGUUUAUCAAAGAAGCUUCCGAACCCAUCCACGUGAGGAAGUAUAAAGGCCAGGCAGUCGCUGUGGACACGUACUGUUGGCUUCACAAAGGAGCCAUUGCUUGUGCCGAAAAGCUGGCCAAAGGUGAACCUACCGAUAAGUAUGUAGGAUUUUGUAUGAAAUUUGUAAAUAUGUUACUGUGUCAUGGGGUCAAGCCCAUUCUCGUAUUUGAUGGGUGCACUUUACCUUCUAAGAAAGAAGUGGAGGUGUCCAGGAGAGAAAGACGGCAAGCCAACCUUCUCAAGGGAAAGCAGCUUCUCCGAGAGGGGAAGGUCUCUGAGGCCAGAGAGUGUUUCACCCGCUGCAUCAACAUCACACACGCGAUGGCGCACAAAGUGAUUAAAGCUGCUCGGGCCCAGGGCGUCGACUGCCUCGUGGCGCCCUAUGAAGCGGACGCGCAGCUGGCCUAUCUCAACAAAGCCGGCAUUGUCCAAGCCAUAAUUACGGAGGACUCGGACCUGCUCGCGUUCGGCUGCAAAAAGGUGAUUUUAAAGAUGGACCAGUUGGGAAACGGACUGGAAAUCGACCAGGCCCGGCUGGGCAUGUGCAGACAGCUGGGUGGGGUGUUCACAGAGGAGAAGUUCCGCUACAUGUGCAUCCUGUCGGGCUGCGACUACCUCUCUUCACUGCGUGGGAUCGGGCUGGCCAAGGCCUGCCGAGUGCUCCGCCUGGCCAACAACCCCGACAUUGUGAAGGUUAUCAAGAAAAUCGGAUAUUAUCUCAAGAUGAAUAUAACAGUACCAGAAGAUUACAUCAAAGGAUUUAUUCGGGCCAACAAUACCUUCCUCUAUCAGCUAGUUUUCGAUCCCAUCAGAAGGAAACUCAUCCCUCUGAACGACUAUGGAGAUGACAUUGACCCUGGAACCCUAAGCUAUGCUGGGCGGUAUAUUGAUGAUUCUAUAGCUCUUCAAAUAGCACUUGGAAACAAAGAUAUAAAUACUUUUGAACAGAUUGAUGACUACAAUCCAGACACUGCUAUGCCUGCCCAAGCAAGAAGCCGUAGCUGGGACGACAGAACGUGUCAGAAGCCAUCCAACACUGGAAGCAUCUGGCACAGGAAUUACUGCCCCCGACUGGAGCCGGAUGUUGUUCCAGCCGCUGCAAGACCGAAGGGCAACCCAAGCACUGUGGGCAUCGAACAGGUGAUCAGCACCAAAGGUUUAAAUCUCCCCAGGAAGCCGUCCUCUCUGAAGAGACCAAGAAGUGAGGGGCUGUCGGAGGACGAGCUGCUGGGUCAGUAUUCCCCUUCGUUUCCGAAGAAGACCAAGAGAAACGGCUGCGAUGGUAGUAAGUCACUGAGCUCGUCCAGAGUGCGCAUGCCCGACCUGCUGGACGCCACUGCUGUUCAGAAGAGCUUAAGCGCGCCCCCCGCGGCCAGGAAUAAGUUCGCAGCGUUUUUACAGAGAAAAAACGAGGAGAGCGGCGCAGUCGUGGUUCCAGGGACCAGGAGCAGGUUUUUUUGUAAUUCUCUGGAUUCUACGGACUGUCUGUCAAAGAAAGCAAGCAGCCAGCCUCUAGGUGAAACUGCUGUCGCAGACAAAAAGACCAGUCUAAGUGAAUCGGAUUGUCUGGAGGGCACGAAACUGGGUGAUCUAAGUGAAUCAGAUAGUCUGGAGGAGAAGAAGCCGGUUGAUCUAAAUGAAUCAGAUAGUCUGGAGGGAGAAAAGCUGGGUGAUCUAAAUGAAUCGGAUAGUCUGGAGGGAGAAAAGCUGGGUGAUCUAAAUGAAUCGGAUAGUCUGGAGGGAGAAAAGCUGGGUGAUCUAAAUGAAUCAGAUAGUCUGGAGGACAAGAAGCUGGUCAAUCUAAAUGAAUCGGAUUGUCUAGGGGGCAAGAAGCUGGGUGAUCUAAGUGAAUCGGAUAGUCUGGAGGGCACGAAGCUGGUAGAUCUAAGUGAAUCCAAUUGUCUGGAGGGCACGAAGCUGGGUGAUAGGAAUGUUGCACAUGACUCAAGUGACCAGACUCCAGGUAAUGUAACUGUGCUUGCUGGUGAAGAGUCCCAGUACUUUAAGACCAGCAAAUUCACAAGGACUGUUUCACCACCCACCCUGGGGACACUAAGAAGUUGUUUUAGUUGGUCUGGAAGUCUUCGAGACUUUGCAAGAACCCCGAGCCCCUCUCCAAGCACCACAUCGCAUCGGUUCCAGAGAAAGGCUGGCUCCCCCGGCUCCCAGCCUGAGCCCAAGACGCCCGAUGUAUCGUCUCAGGUGACGAGCGGCGAGUCCGGGGAUGACGCGCAUCCCUCGCGUGACGUCGGGCGGCCGUCACAGUCCCCGGAGAGUGUGGAGCUGUCACCGCUCAGCCUGAGUGCAUCGGAACUUUCUCAGCCUUCGAGUAAGGACUUCGACUCAGAGGAAUCUGAUUGCAAUUUUAAGUCACUCAAUAAUCAAGGUAAUCAGAAAUCCAAGCUACAUUUAUCUCACAUUUCAAAAAAAGACACUCUUCUAAGGAACAAGGUUUCCGGGCUGUAUAAAUCCAGCUCUCUGGACAGUCUGUCUACAACCAAGAUCAAACCCCUGGCACCCGCCAGAGCCAGUGGGCUGAGCAGGAAGCCAGCCGGCAUCCAGAAGAGGAAGCACCACAAUGCCGAGAACAGGCCUGGAUUACAGAUAAAAAUCAACGAGCUCUGGAAGAACUUCGGAUUUAAAAAAGAUUCUGAAAAGCUUCCUUCAUGUAAGAAGCCAGAUCCUCUGUCUCCAGUCAAGGAUAAUAUCCAACUAACUCCGGAAACAGAAGAAGAAAUAUUUAACAAACCAGAGGGCACGCGUGUUCAGAGAGCAAUAUUCCAGUGAACACGGGCAGCUGCGAAGCUGCCGCCUGUGAGAGACCGUCUGUCGACUUGAAGCCCCGCUCGGAA